AUGGUUAAAGGCAGGUAUGGACUUGUGAGAAAGCCGCGAAUGACCCGUGACGACCGUUUUGAGGCUAACGCCGGUAUCGUCCGGAGUUUGGUCAAGGGCAUUGCAGAGUUCAGUCCCAAGGCUUUCGUGCUCAUCGUCUCUAACCUUGUCAACUCUACUGUUGCUGGUGUAUUCGACCCCAAGCGUCUUUUCGGUGUUACCACUUUGGAUGUUGUACGUGCCGAGACCUUCGUCCAGGAGUAUACCAGGCCUGCUUUCGAGAUCCCUGCUGACAAAUACGAUGCUCUCGUGAACAGUGUCCAAUUUAGUGGUGGUGAGGUUGUCAAAGCUAAGGACGGUGCUGCCUCAGCUACCUUUUCUAUGGCCUAUGCUGGCUUCAGAUUCGUCGAGAGCGUGAUCAAGGCCCUGAACCAGCGAUAUGGGGUUAGCCAAUAA